CUUUGAAAGUUAAGGGUUGGGCUCUGUUCUAGAGAAGAAGAAGAGUAGAAUGGAACAUAAAAUAUUUUUCUUUGUUCGGAGGAAAAGUAAUGAAAAAUAUUUUCUCCAGAAAUACUUUGAUUGUUUCUUCCAUUUCACCCGAACACGACAAAAAAGGGUUUUGAAACGAAAACGAGUUAGGGUUGGGUUUGAGUAUAGAAAAAGCCAAGCUGACUGAUCGUAAGUUGAGCUUUACCUUCUCUUUUAGUGCAGGAACACACGCAGUGUUUGGAUGCAGAUGACACACAAAUUGAAACGUCAGCCUGUUCAACCAAGGAGAAUGCCCAUAACACGUUUGAUAAACUAACCCAGAGAGAGAGUUCCGAGUCUCACCUCUGAGAAGUCAAAUCCAGAGCGUGGUAUUAUAUGACCUCCCAUCUCUCUCUCCCUCCUCUCCUCUCUGUGAGACCCAUAUGCCAUUGGUAAGGAAUUCAGAUUAUAAGCCAGGAACCCAGAAAUAAAGCAGAUCAAUUGAGGACAUAUAUGUAUAUUGAGAUAUGAAGUUCACUUUUCCUUGUUCAUACUGUUUCUCCCACACAGCUACAGCCAGAAGUGGGCACGGUGAAGAAGGUACUCAGGAUUUCAGGGUUUUCUCUUACAAUGAACUGAAAGUUGCCUCCCAUGGCUUCAGCCCAUCAACCAAGAUUGGCGAGGGAGGGUUUGGCUCUGUCUACAAGGGCCGGCUUAGAGAUGGCACUUUUGUGGCCAUAAAAGUGCUUGCAGUCGAGCUAGAGUCGAUGCGAGGGGAGAGGGAAUUCAUAUCAGAGUUGACUGCGCUUUCCAAUAUCAAGCAUGAAAAUCUUGUCACACUAAGAGGAUGCUGUGUGAAUGGAGCUGAAAGAUUUCUGGUUUAUGAUUACAUGGAAAACACCGACCUCUUUCACACCUUUCUGGACGAAAACAGGGCAAAAUUCAGCUGGCCUUGGCGGGUAGGCAUCUCACUAGGGGUGGCUCGAGGCCUAACCUAUCUUCAUGAGGAGGUUGAGCCCCAAAUAAUACACAGGGAUAUAAAGGCCAGCAAUAUACUGCUUGAUCAUGAUUUCACCCCUAAGGUUUCAGACUUUGGCUUGUCAAAGCUGUUUAGGGACAACACCACUUCCCACAUUAGUACUAGAGUUGCUGGGACAAUGGGCUAUCUUGCUCCAGAAUAUGCCAUUAGCGGGCGUUUGUCACGAAAAUCAGAUAUUUACAGCUUCGGAGUGCUGCUGCUGGAAAUAGUCAGUGGCCGGUCAGUUGUGGAUUUCAGCAUAGAACGUGGAGAGCAGUACCUUGUUGAUAAGGCAUGGGAGAUGUACGAGGCCAACAGACUUGUGGAACUGGCGGACCCUUUUCUAAAUGGGGACUUUCCUGAGGAAGAAGCCACUAGAUUCCUGAAGGUAGGCUUACUCUGCGUGCAGGAAAAAUCGCGUCAAAGACCGAAAAUGUCAGCAGUUGUCAAGAUGUUAACUAAUGAGAUGGACAUAAGCAACAAGGAGGUAACACAGCCGGGGCUCGUCUCAGAUCUGAUGGAUGUUAAAAUAGGCGGCAACAGACAUUCUUCACAAAGCUUUUUCUCCAAAGCCCCCACCAGCAUUAGCACAAUGAGCUCCAGCAGCUACUUUCUAAAGUCGCUAUCUAGUUCAGCAGCACCAUCCCUGACUGACUAACAAUCGUCUUUAGAGGAGAAGUAGAAACAAUGCCAAUGUAUAGGGUGAGUGAAAUUUUUACGUAAUUGGAGAAAGGCAUUGGAAUUGUGAUU